AUGUCCAAUGUUCUAUCAGGCGUAAACGAAACUGAAAUUACUGCCGCACCGCCGCUCAUGGUCUUCCAAGACACUCAAAAGGAUGCGAUCACAUAUUCGCCCAAAGGAUCGUGGAAUUCUCAACCUGAGAAUGUUCUCGAGUUUACUCAAGGGACCGGACACUCGACCUCACAACUAGGCGCAUCAAUCAACUUUACAUUCAUAGUGAGCAUGCACCUGUCUCAACUUUUCGUCCCGCCAUUCACCAACUUACCGAUAGGGCCAAGUUAUUCCGGCCAUGUCCAUGUAUUCACCGCCAGGCGAGCAAUUCAGCGGCAGAAGCAAAUGUUGUUUCAUUCCGACGGCCUAGCGCCUGGGUCACAUACCGUCACAAUGACGAAUGGGAAUGGAGGUGACCUUUUCACUCGGCAAGCGGACGACGUAGAUUUGCUGGAAUUUGAUUAUGCCACGGUUUGGAAUGCAGAGGUACUAAGUUCACAGGCCAGCCCUUCCUCGUCCCAGCCUCCUGCAACUAUGACCGUGGAAGCUAAACAUGGAGCAUCUGGGCUGAGUUCAGGCGCUAUUGUUGGGAUCACUUCAGCCUGUGUUUUGUUCGUCGCGCUUCUUGGCGUAUUAUGGGGCCUAAAUAGACGUAACAGAACCCUCUGGAUGCGCCUCAACAAGGGAUAUAUGGUUCAAACACAAUUCGAUUGUCAGUCAACAACGUCCAUACCCUCUGGUAAUCCUGAGAUGGCAUCACUGGAUAGACGCACUAUGGCCCCACCCACGCAGCCCAAUCUUGAUCGUAACAACAGUUCUCAUCAUAUACUCCCAAUCUGUUCAUCAUCUGAAGCGCUCCGAAGCCAGGAGUCUGCUUCAACUACGGUCGAACACACUUACCCUCUCACCGGCUACAGCCGCGAUAGAUCGUCGUCAAAGGGUUCCACCGAAGUUUCUGAUAGUAUCAUAAACACCUCCCAAGGAAACCCUUAUCCUGACGAUGCCUAUCCUGUACGCAAUCCUGGGGAUCACGAUACCGGUGAGGAUAGAACAGGGCCGGCACGGUCGGGAACACUUGACACGAUCUCUACCCUUGUUGCUGAGGAUGGAUCUCAAGUAGACUCUGAAGAUGCUCGGUCAAGCUUGAAGAUUUUCACAAGAUCGCCUCUGAUGGGUCCACGCCCGUGGAAGGAGAGAAAUCCACCCCCAACGCCCGCUCCCACUCUCGCAAGCAGCAACUCGGGUUCACAAUCUACGCGUCGGCAUACUCCCAAGGGAUUCAGACUCCGGACGCCUCGUUCUUCUUCACCAUCAGCAACACGACGACUCCUUCCAAAUCAGGACCAGGACGACGAUCAGAUUGCUUCCGGGUCUGAUGGGGAAUUCGACGAGGACGACGAGGCGGAUUUCUAUGCGUCUGAAGCACCAUUUUCCGCUACUCGAAUAGGGUCUCCCAGUAUCAGCAUCGCGAACACACAGUUUGACACUCCGACGUCUAUACGGGGACGGUAUAGUUCGUUACUAAGUACAAACCUUGGUAUACCCUCCCGCGUUGAUGAGGAAUCUGAACGGGAAUUGGUAGAGGCGGCACAGUUGCAGGCUCUUUAUAUCCAGCGUACCCACCAGGAUCAUUCUGAUAUCGGGAACCUCGUGGACGACCCUAUGUGGGAAUAUCCGACAGUAGACAGCCCACCCCCAGUUUAUACCAGUACCAGGGCAUCGUUAGCAGACCGACAUCGACAGGAGGAGACACUCCCAAGACUGUGA